AUGGGCCAGAAGGGCAGUAAGGUACAGAUAACUGAAAAUGACAGGGCGAUACUGCAGUUGAAAAGAUCCAGGGAUGAGAUACACAAGUUCACCCGAAGAACGGACCUGUUAAUUAGUUCAGAGAGGCUAAAGUUAAAAGAGAUGAUUAAGGAGAACCCCACCAAGUGCAAGAGUGAUCCCAGAGUGCGGUUUCUUUUGAAAAGAAUACAUUACCAGGACCAUCUCUUACAGCAAGCGUUAGAACAGCUCAUCAAUUUAGAGAAUCUUGUAUCGACGCUGGAGUUUAAACUGGUGGAAACUCAGUUCAUAAAAGGCCUCGAAAGAGGCAACCAAAUUCUGAAAAAGCUUAACAAGGAGUUUGAAAAUGUAGAUGAGUUGAUGGACGAUGUACAGAUGCAAAUUGCUUAUCAGGAGGAGGUUGACGAAGUCCUUGCCCAUAGCAUAGUCGGUGUCAACGAUUUUGAGACAGAGAUAGAUAAAGAAUUAGAUCAGAUGGAAAGAGAAAUCAAUCCACAGCAGCAAAUUGAGAUGCCAUCGGUCGAUAAACUGCCAGAUCUUAAACAGAGACCGAUUGCAUCCUCCGAGAGGAAGGAGCAAGGGAAAAAAGAGGGAACCGAAGCUCCCGUACUUGCCUGA